CAUCAUAAAAGCCGCGGACUCGGGCCCAGCGGCACCAUCGCGGUUUUUGUGUUCGCUGCGGACGGCGCCGCCUUCGUCAGCGACUCUGUUCGCGACUCUGUUCGUGACGCCGCUUCGCUUCCUUUAACUCGCAGCCGCCCGCUCGUUAACGCGCUAAGGGAAGCUGCGCCCGCCGGUGUUGGCGACUUGCCCUGCUCGCUUUGACGGCGGCGGAGUCGAGCGCGCUGCUGCUGCUGCUGCGGCUGCUGGUGGUGGUGGUGGCGGGCAAAGCGAGAGCUUCAUUCGUGAAAAUAAUUGUCUUGUUUGAGCGAGAGAGCGAGCGAGGUGCGUGUGGCGGGGGGAGAGCGAGAGAUACAUUGUAACGCUGAGGGUAUCGGGCAGGUCGGCGGAUCGGGGAUUUUGGUGUAGCGAGCUCCUUGAGCCCCGCAGAGCGAGCGAGAAGGCGGCGGCGGGCGAGGCGGCACAAGAAUGUCGGCGUGGCAGCCCUACAUCGACAACCUGAUGGCCGACAAGACGUGCCAGAACGCGACCAUCGUGGGGUGUCAGACCCGGAGCGUCUGGGCCUCCACGCCGGGACCCUUCGCCAGCAUCUCGCCGGCCGAAAUUGACAUGUUGCUGACCAAGGACCGUUCCUCGCUCUUCACCAACGGCAUCACGCUGGCGGGACAGAAGUGCUCGGUGAUUCGAGAUAACCUCUUUGUGGAAACCGAGUGGACGAUGGACAUCCGGACCAAGAACCAGUCCGGUGGUCCCACUUACAACAUCGCCGUCUCAAAGUCCAACCAAACGUUGGUGAUCGUGGAGGCCAAAGAGGGCGUCCACGGCGGCGUCAUCAACAAGAAGGUGUUCGAGAUGGGGGAUUACCUGAGAAAAAGCGGCUACUGAUUGCUAGAGACCCCAGCCCUCCUGCCCGACGCCCACGACCCCCAAACCAGCACCACCACAAUAACGCAAGCGCGCACGUCAUUCCUGCUUUUUCCCCGCUGCCUUCCCCCCCCUCACGGCACCGUUCUUUCUCUCUGCCGACCCCGCACUCCGCUCCCUCCCUCCGCACUCCGCUCGCUUCCUCCCCUCCUCCACCCCCGCCACGUGGACCUCCUUGCUCAUCUCUUCUGGUCGUCGUGGUAACCGUCAUCACGUUCCCUCGGAAACGAAAACGCCCUUGCGAGCGGUCGCAGGUAGCGGCGUGUUUGGUUCCCGAGCAGCUGCUGCUCCACACACUGGCGGGCAGUUUGCAUCAACCGCGUCCCCCCCCCCCACCCUCCGCCUAUCCCCCUAGCGCACCCUCGUGGUGCCGCGAUCGCUUUAGGGCCCCCGUAGUUUCCUGCCGGAUCCGGUUUCGGAUAUAAAUUCAGAAACUUGGUCUCCAGAGUUGAUGCAUAACAGUGAUUUUAUUUGUUUUCUCCUCUGCGCCCAUCCUCGCUCCAUUUACUGGUUUAAAACGCGACGCUCGAUCCGAGUUGAGCCAAGUCACCACCUGUUGCCCACGGCUGCACACCAGCCCCCCCGCCCCAGCUUGGGGGACGCGUCGACGUGCUGAGCGACGUCUGCGGUGGCCUAGGAGGCAGGCCUUGAUCCCUUGGUGCCUUCGUGGGAGGCCGUGCGCUGUUGGCUUGCGUCGCUCGCCGGCGUAGAGAUGAGUGCGUUUUCAUGGGUCGACUUUGGCGAUGACUUGGCGGCGCGAGGAGGAGGUGCGCCCCAGCUCGUGUCUCGCAUCUCGUGCCCCGUUCAUAACCACCUGGGUCAUAGUCCGCACAGAUUCUAAAGCAGUCCAAUUAAAAAAAAAGCAUGAAUAGUUGUACAACUAUGCACACAAUUUGGCAUUUGUUUUGCCUCUCCAUCCUUUUUUAAACUAAGCCGACUCCUUUCUAAAGGCAAGUCCAGUGGGUAAGACCCCUGAUAAGCUAUUGUGGGUUUCAGAAACUCUGUACUGUAGUUAAUAAUUUACUUGCAUGGCUAAUAAGGUUUUUUGUUCCGAUCAGUGAUAGCUUUAGAGAUGGGACAUCUUGUUUUUCAUAGAUUUCUCUUUUUGCCUACAAACUGCUAACCUAAUUCAUCCCUCCCAACUCAUCUACCCCCCCCCCCCCUUCCCUGCAACACCCUACUUAGUGUUAUUGAUUCUGUAGUUGAAACGAUCACCCUCCAAAGAACAGCAUAUCUAACAUGAUUUGUAGCGACAGUCGAGCAUAAGCUAUCACGCCCACCACACUUAUCAUACUGAUUGCAAAUGCUGAUUUAGGGCAGUGUUUUAUAACAUAGAUUUAAAAUGACUUAACAGUUGCUGCUAUGGCAACAGUUGUUGGUGUUACACAGAUUGGCUUGUGUGGUUGAACCCUUAGCUUUUCAGUUCAUGGAGAGAGAGAGGGAGGGAGGAAAGAAACGCGUGCGUCGCGCAAUGCAGCGUUGCUCAGAAACCUUUGCUAGAAUAAUCUGUCGGGGUGUGUUGGCGUGUGCCAUGCAUUCACGCGGUUUUGUUCUUCGUGGGCACAGCCCUUAAGGCAUUUUCACAGCGCCCCCCCCCAUCGCCUACCCCCAUCCGACCCACAAUCCCCUUCUCCCAAACAAACCCCUGCCCCCCCCCCACAUGCGUAGCUUCACCCAGGUGGCAACUUCGUUGCAGGAGGACUUUUAAAUUGUAAUUCCCAUCCAGCCAAGUCUGUCUUUGGUGCAGUAUCCUUGACGUACAACUUAAGCCCUACACUGCCCUGCCCCUCCUUGUAAGUCCCCGUUUGCUUCUGAUGUACUUAAAAAAAAGUCCUCAUAAAUAAUGCAGGCAACAGUUGAGGUAUCGCCAUGCCCCCCCCCCCACCCCCCAUUACUCUAAAAGGCUUUUCUCCCCGCGCAUCAAUGCCGCAGAAAUGUGAAUGACAUGAAUUCUUGGUGCAGACUACAUAGCGAAAUGAUUACACUGUCGGAGAGUUACGUACCCGCAAAUGAAGGAAGCAACACUUAGCGUCACGAACGUAAACAUUGAGUACACUACGAGUAUUUUCCUUUUUUAGUUUGCAUGCACACCGUUGUAUUUUCUUGCAGUAAUCGUGCACAGAGCAGUAAGUACAAUUGACUUUUUAGUUUUAGGGGAGCAGGGGAGAAGCCACUUUUGCCUAAGCCAGAGUUGACAUUCCAAGCGCGGAGGAAAGCUCGCAUCCAGGGCGAUGCAAUUGGACGGCUGUUGUGUUUGGCCACGUGAUUGAUUUUCUUUUGGUUUGAAAUUUUGUCCGAACGCUGCUAGGAUUUGGAAAGUUUUCUCUUUGAGCUUGAACGAAACAAAACACUAUCUGUACACAUUUAUAACCCUUUGACGGUGCUAGAUGGUCAGAUUUUACCUUUCAACGUUGCUCCUCCGCGCAGGUGAUGUAGUGCAGGGACUUGCAAGGGCUUUUGACGUGAAGGAUUUGUUUAGAAUCCCCCACCCCCAUCAAGUUAAAGACGGCCAGCAGAACCUCGCUUCCUUGUUAGUUUACUGGAAUCUAAACAAAAACUCAAACUCUGGCUUGGAAUAAAAGGACGUCAUCCUGGUUGUGGUUUGAAACGCUGCCGUCCGUCAACGGUCGCUUGGCAAGAAAUCCCCUCGGUGUGACGCUUCUGUGACUGGCAUUGUAACGCUGCGAUGAUCUUGUUACGCCUGGCUCACACUUGGGUAAAACGUGACGGAGAUGGCCCUUGACGAUGACAUUUUAGGAAUGCCUGGCAGUCGCUUGGUCAUCGCCACCUGUGAACGCGGCCGAAUGCUCGCGUGAAACCGAACGUCGUAGUCCGUUGGCCAAAGGAUGGAACUGCUGCUCCCUUAAUGAACAGCUAAUGCUGGCCCAUAGCGCAUGUCGCAAAUCGCCACGGCAAUACGUUUCUGAUCGCGUCCGCUUCCUUGGGUUUUACCCGUGCUCGCGAUCCGUUCUUACGACGUGACGAGUGAUUAAAAGAACAUGCACCGACGUCCGGUUCACGGUUUAUGGCGGCACGGCGCAUCGCACGUCACCCAAGUGUGAAACAGGCUCUUAACAUUUCUGACAUUCGGAUAAUUGCUCAAACCUGAAACCAGUCAGCUGUAUGUUGCUCAGUACACCGCAAGAAUGGUACUUGGACUCUUUAUCUUUUUUUCAAAGCCACUACAUUUUUGGUAAGACACUAAUCUACGGCAGUGCUUUGAAGUAGCAUGCUCGCUCUAGUCGACCUUUGACUUGGGUUUUUUCCGUGAAGUUUUGUUUCUGUUCUCUUUGCGGCACUUACCGAAACGUGUAAUGAAGGACGUUUUUGUAUUCCCAAAAUGUGCUUCAUGUGUUCUGUACCAACAAGCCAUACAGCUGUAGUGGUUGCCAUAUUUGUCAUACUUGUUGUACCGAUAUGAAGACAGACAAGGAAGAAAAUAAACGCUGUUAUCUCA